AUGARCRCUCAUAUCUAUGAGGCACUUGCAAAUUCAUCUUGUGUGUGGGAAUGUUGUAAUUGUGGCCUACCAAACUUCUCAAGCUCACUUCUGGAUUCUUUUGCUGAUUUAAAUUGCACAAACCGGUUCUCGACCCUUAGUGGUUCAUCUGAAGACUUAGAGCCUCCACUGUUUACUUCGUCUCCGGACCAGCUUCGACAACAAGUAAGAUCUACACCAUUGCUAGGAUCGCCUUUUUCAUCUCAGGCAAAUGUUAAAAUAGAGUUAGUCAAGCAAAMACCUCUAUAUCUAGCCUCAAUCUACCGACCAACUGACAAUCAAGAAGAACUUCYCGAUGAGCUUGAAAAAUCUUUGCUCAACSUUCAAUCCAAUGGAUGUCCUCGUGUUGUAAUUUCAGGUGAUUUCAAUGUACCAGAUAUUAAUUGGGAUGGUCUAUCAAUAUCGUCAAAUCCACAAUAUGGCCUAUCCUUGAAUAAAAAGAUGAUAAGUAUGAUAAGUAUGGUAUCAUUUCCAACUAGACGUCAAUCUAUAUUAAACCUUGUUUUAACAAGCCAUCCUGACAUAGUAACAAAUAUUCGAAGUACAGAAGGUAUAAGUGACCACUCGGCAGUAUCUUUUGAUCUUAAUAUGUCAGUGAAGAUUAACAAGAAAAGGCCAAGAUCUGUAUACAAAUUYAAUAAGGCUGACUUUAAUGAAGUGAGGUCUGAGGCUUCAGAACUUAKCAAAUCCUUCUUUGGUAGAAACCCAAUUGAUUAUUCUAUUGAGGACAACUGGAAAUUUUUCAAGGCAGGCCUGUUAGAAAUCCUAGACAGAAGGGUUCCUAAAAAGAAGCUGGGUACAUGGAAUAAUGCUCCAUGGAUUUCAAGAGACCUAAAAAGGUUAUUAAGGAAAAAGAAAAGACUUUAUAAUUUAUACAAGAAAACUAAUAACCCAGCGGACAAACAGAAAUAUCGCAAAUUCCAAAAACACGUCAAAGAGAAACUACGCAAACCUCAAGAUGAUCACAUAGCAGAGUCAUUAAAUAUUGACCCAAAGGAUAUACCCAAGAGGUUUUGGUCUUACAUAAAGGCAAAGAAGCAAGAUCAGAUUGGUAUUCCACCUUUGAAAAGUGAUUCAGGUCUUAAAGUCUUUCUAAGGCUGAAAUUCUAA